CAGAAAAAGACCGUAAAAAAAAUUAUGAAGUGGAUUUUAUUGUUCAUUCUGUUGAAGGUAUCGUAAAGAAUCAGGAUGAUGAAGUUAAUCAUGUAUCCAACAUUCUCGGUAUCCAGAGACAGCAUGCCGCGACGCUACUUCGUCAUUUUCGUUGGAAUAAAGAGAGACUCAUCGAACGGUACAUGGAUGAUUCACGAGAGGUUUUAAAUAAGGCUGGUGUCAUAACCGAUAAUACCAGAACACCAAAAUUUAUAAAGAUUCCUGGUUUCAUGUGUGAUAUCUGUUGUGAUGAUGACGAAGAUCUAUAUACCUUAGCUCUAUCUUGUGGUCACAGAUUUUGUCGAAAUUGUUACGAACAAUAUUUGACACAAAAGAUCAAAGAAGAAGGUGAAAGUCGCAGAAUUUUGUGCAUGGCCAACAAUUGUAAUGUAAUAGUGGACGAAAAAACAGUCAAAUUAGCAGUGAAUAAAGAUAUACAUGAAAGGUUCAUGUUUAAUCCAUAUUCAAUUGUUUUUGAA